AUGGAUCCCAAUCAGCCUAGGCGCGCUGUAUCAUCGAGCGACAAGUCGCAGCCUCAGGAGAUCAAGUCGCCGCGUGGACCGCAUGGUAUCAAAGAUGAGGACGACAAAAACAAAAGAAAAGAAGAAAAAGAAGAGAGAGAAGAAGAAGAGAAGAGAGGAAGGACAAGAAAAAUGGUCGCUGACGUCUGCAUACAGUCAGGAUACUCCAAAACCGACAACCCACGCGUCAAUCUUGCCGUCGUGGGCUCACGUGGCGUGGGAAAGUCUACUUUCAUACAACACGCCCUGGAUCUCAAGCAGCCUCCCACGUCGCCUUUAUCUUCCAAGAAAAUGUCACUGGAUGGGACAGUUUAUGUCGUAAAUUUGUGGAAAAUACUGCCGAAGGAGACGUCGGUAACCCAAACCAACCGCAUUGUUUGGCCUCUAUCCGUGGGGGAACAGACGCUCCCCCCGAUCGACGGGGCCCUGGUUCUGUACGAUGCGAGUUCCCCAAAGAGCAUUGUGGAAGUCUCACGCAUUUUGCAUGCCUUGACCGAGUCUCGUCUGCCCUUUGAGCUCGUGGCCUGUAAAUGCGAUGUCUCUCACUUCUCUGGCAGGUCGGACCCGGUGACGAUCGAGCAAGCGGACAAGGUCCUCUGCACGUAUACGUUUCAGGAGACUUCCUUGGAGGACCCACGAACGCACAAGAAAUGCAUUUCGUCCGUGCUGCGUUCCAUCAGAACGCGGAAUUCAGAUCUUGCUCGCCUCCACCAGAGCGGGGACGACUAUUCUCCCUCGAGCUCUCCGUUUGAGACCCAACCACCGCAAACGCCUGCUGCCCAAGAUCGCCGCGCGGAUUCCGAAGCUCCCAGAACCACUUCCCGGUCGGGCGGCGAUUCUGGUGUUAAUAAUAGGGGCCCUUCCGCGCCUAAUCGUGAAGUCGACGGGACCGAUUCGAGCCGUGUUCCCAGCGACAAAACGACGGGGUCCACCGUGGCUUUCAAUGCCCCCAGUUCCAGAUAUGCCCGGAGCAACUCGCAUCCUGUGCGCUCGAAAACUCCUCCCUCUGGACCACGGGUAAGCUCACGCCGACCGUCCUCCCCUGGAUUGACGAGGACAAGCACCUCUCCGCACCGCCAAAACGCGCUGCGCACGACUUGGCGUUUCAGUGCGGGCUCGGACACUUUCAGCUCGUUUUUGGAUAUGGAAGAAGAGACGGAGGAUUCGCGUAGCAGACCAGCAAGCGCUGAGCAGCUUCAAGACAAGCAACAACAUGAGGCCGCACAGAAUGAGACUGGAGUCACCUUUGACGAACUCGUCGAUCGCCUGGUCGCGCUGCCGAUGUCGAAGCAUGACCACAAAUUUGUCGCCAUCUUCUUGUGUCUCUACCGCAAGUUUGCAGCUCCCGCCAAGCUCCUCAACGCCUUGAUCAGUCGUUUCGACCAAAACGAACGGAGUACCGCCCCUCCACUGUCUCGUGCCUCGGAUCAAUUGAGGCUGCUUAACGUGCUUGCGCAAUGGGUCUCCGAGUAUCCCGGUGAUUUCGCGUACCCCAAAACGCGGGCAAAGCUGCUUGACUUUGUUGCCGCUUUAGAGAGAAAUCACGUUUACAUGUACGCUGCCAAAGAAAUCAGCAUGCACCUCGAAGUCGUCGUCGAAGAUGAUGACGUUGGCUGGCCCUUCCGUGAUGGUGAGGGUGAAGGUGAGGGUGAGGGUGAGGGUCAGAAGACCGAAGGAGGCGAAACUUUUCUUCAUACUUCUUCCCGAGGCUCUCCAUCGACACUGAUGAGUCAAUUAUCUUUCUCCGAUCAUGUCCUUCUCAACGUGAGCUCGUUAGACCUCACCGAGGACCAACCCGAGAUGUCCUCAAGAGACUCGGGAACAUUGUCGAACUCUUCGAGUGCGGGAAGAUCUACCAGCACCUUGACCCAGGCGUCAUCGACGCUAGCAGCUAUUGAAAAUGCUCAACGCGAGGCGGCGACCCUGGAACUCACGCCGAAAAACAUGUUGACAAAGGUUCAAUGGCGACAAUUUAUGGAAAUCCCAGAGGACGAUUUCGCUCGAGAGUUGACUCGGAUGGACUGGAUCAUGUUCAGUUCUUUCAGGCCUCGAGACCUCGUCCGUCAUGUCAGCAUAUCGGGACCGGAGAAGGACAAGAUUAAGAGCCUGGCGAAUGUGAAUCGAAUGAUCAAGGAAUUCAACCAUCUGGCCUUCUUUGUGGCUAGCAUGAUUCUGCUUCGGGACAAGCCCAAGCACCGAGCUCGGGCCAUGGAGAAAUUUAUGAACAUAGCCCAGAAACUCCGCCGGCAGAAUAAUUACAACUCCUUGGGCGCGGUCAUUGCCGGCAUCAACGGCACACCGGUCCAGCGGCUGACUCAGACCAGGGAACUGAUCCCACCUUCUGUACAAAAGGAGUUCAUGAGGCUUUUAAUUCUGAUGGGUACUCAGAAAAGCCACUUUGCUUACCGCCUGGCAUGGGAGAAUUCUUUCGGGGAACGAAUCCCGUUUCUUCCUCUACAUCGACGCGAUCUCGUGUCAGCCGAAGAAGGCAACAAGACGUUCAUUGGCGACAACAAGGAUCGGAUAAACUGGAAGAAGUUCGAGAUUAUGGGGGAUGUGGUUCUUGAGAUCCAACGCAGCCAAAGGACGCCGUAUCCUUACAUCCAGAAAAACGAGGAAGUCCAACGACUGGUGCUGGAUACCAAGAUGCGUGACGAAGAGGACCUGUACAUGCGGAGCAUGCAGGUAGAGCCUUCUGCAGCUGGUGUAGAUCCAGGACGCAAGAAGUUUGGAUGGUUGCGGACCUAG